CCAAGAGCUAUAAAGACCUUCUCUGCACGCGUGGAGCCCAUGAGGACAGCCUGCCAGAGUCGGGUCUUCUGACGCCAUGGGCACCCGAUGCCUCCUGGUUCUGCUUCUUGUCCUUCUGGUAUUGAAAUGCGCUCUCCUAAGGCACCCUCCCUCUGCAGAUGUCCAGGGGGACGACAUGGCCCGGCAAGAUGAAGCCACGGGCCCCACCCUGCUCUCCCAGAUGCAGGAAUCACUCUACGACUACUGGGGCUCAGCCAAAGCGGCCGCCCAGGACCUAUACAAGAAGACAUAUCUGACCGCUGUGGAUGAGAAAAUCAGGGACAUGUACAGCACAAGCACAGCAGCCGUGAGAAUUUACACAGGGAUUCUCACUGACCAGAUACUUUCUAUGCUGUCGGGAGACUCAUAGCAGCUGGGCCCCGACCGUGGGGGAGGGGAGAGCCCAGACCCCAGGACUCCUGGGCUCCCGGGACCUACCCCUCACUUCUUAGCAGCUCUCGGCAUCCUGUUCCCAAUGCUAGCCUGACUUCUUAUAAAUAAAUUAAAAAAAAAAAAAAAACA